AUGGAGACUUAUUCAGAACAGGUGGAUACUAUCCAGAUUUUGCUUGGCAUCUUUCAUGUUUUCAUGUGGUAUUUCCUAUUAAUUUUAUAUAUGGGACAGAUUCGAGGAGUCUUUGGGACAUAUGAACCUGUAACAUACAGAAUAGGAUGUACUUUAUGGGGAAUUUUUUUUAUCAUUUCAGGAGCUGUCUUAAUAAAAGUAGCACAGCAUCCAUCUCCUAGCCUGGUUACAUUGGCUUUGAUCUUGAACAUCACCUGCAUAAUUACUGUAAUUAUUGCAGUAAUUUUAACAAUAGUGGAGUUGUCUAGUUUUCAUUCUGUAUCAUAUAGGAAUUAUGGACAAGCAAAACUUGGGAGGGAAGUUUCACGUGUUUUACUGUUCUCCUACCUCUUGGAAUUAGCUAUUGCAUUUACAUACUCGAUCUUUGGCUGUAUUGAUUUGUGGAAAUAUGCCAAGAUAUCAACUGAGGAUGAAAAAGGAAACAAGGAUAUUGGGGGUAAAGCCAAAGUCCUGACAAGGCCUUACAUGAUCUGGCUUCCUCUCCUCAUUCCCAGCUCCACCACACCCUCCUCCUUCAGCACCUUCAGGGCUCAGAGAAGACGUAAAGUGAGGGAUGGGACUGCCACUGGAUCAGCCAGUACUGUCAAGCACAACCUCUUCCCCCUGCGUGUGCCCAGAUACAAGGACAAUAUGAUGCUAACACCACCAGGAAAAGGCAACAUCUCUGCCAGCCCACUGCUCCACAUUCGUCCUGGGAGCCUGCCUACUCAGUUGAACUGCGGGGCUCCCACCGAGCCCCAGGUGUUCCACUGCGCGGAAGAUGUCCGCGUGGGGCUCCUGGCACUGAGCCUCCAGCAUUCUUCGCUACAACUGCAGCGUUGGACCGCGUGA